GUGGCGAGGGCAAGUCGCCUUCAUGACGCGCGGUUUCCAGACUGGUGCCCUGGGCAGCCUAAAGCAGCACACAACGCUGUGUACGCGGGGGAAAUGUCGAGGUAGCUAAACUUUGAGGUGAGGUGUGUCAUUUAGGGAAUUCAGUAGGACAGUGUUAAUCACUCUGAACUAAUGUGUAGCCUAUCUGUCUGUCUGGAGUGAUGCGCAGCAGUUUGCCAGAUGUGCGCCAGCGGUUGGCAUUCGCCUAGAGUAGAGAAUUAAUGAACACAUGCUUGUACCCUGUAUGAAAAGUCAGAGUUCCUUUAACACUGUAAAUGUCUAAUUCCACACCGGCGAUAUUAACUGUGUGGUAGUUGUGUGCUCCAAAAGCCCACGGUUAUUCUAUACUCCAACUCGAAUCACGCUAUAAAUAAGGUGUAUUCAGGCAUAAAUCAAAAACCCCACCUGUAAUAUUUUCUGAAUACCAGUAAAAACUGUAAGAGGUGAUUUGACGCUGUCAGGAUCAGCUGUGUAAUGUGUUUAAGUACAUGUCUUUGGAUUCAAAUCUGGCAAAAUAUAUAUUUUCAAACCUGAAAUUGAUUGUAUAUUAAAUUGUGAUUAUACACUGAAUAAUGGUACGCACUACAAUACUCUUUUCCCUUUCAAUGUGUUUUUUUUAUAUUGCUUGUCAUUUCGAAAGUCAUACACGUACAAUACUGUACGUCUUGGGGAUUUCACUGUGUAUCGUUUAAGCUUUCCAAAUGACUAUUGUGUGACUUCUCAUGGUUGCAUAUUGUACAGAGAAAUAUCUGCGUGAGAGACAUGAGCGGUUUUCAUGUCUGUGUGGGAGGAAACCGGGCGCAAGUCUCUUUGUGUGAGUGAUUUUGGAUCACUGCACAUGAUAUCCAUGGAGCCGGCGGGUGUAGGGUUGCGACUUAACUAAUUUUAAUCCAAACAUGUGAAACCAUACACGAUCCUGAUGUAAGCGCAGCCGAGGCUCAAGCGGGGGUCACGGUAGGUUUUGUUGCCUUUGGCCACAACUGCUUUGGAUUUUGGGACAGGGCUCGUCCGCUCUCUCUCUCCCUCAUUCUCACUAAGCAGAUGUUUGUCUGAGCUGCACAGAAGAAAUAAGAGCAACACUGGAGGGACUGGGGAAAGAAGACCCACCUCCUACUAAUGAGAAAACAGUAAAACAAUAUGCAAGGAUUUGGUCUGAUCUCAGGGGAAAUAGAAACUGAUGUGGUUUUUGAUGUAAUCAUCCUCCAAAACGGUCAGACUGUACACCCAACACACUCGAUUUCUCUGUUUAGGCUCAAGGAACUGGUAAAAAAUAUAUAUAAGAUCCCUGCCCAGCUUCUAUAAACACACACACACACACACACACACAAACAUACAGUUGCAGUUUUAUGGGCAGGCCUGAGGCGGAUUGAGUGACGGAGUAGUGGACGUAACGGAUAUGCCAUUCUGCGAGAAUCCCCCUGUUCUCAAGCAUACUGGCUGUUUUUGAGAGAAAGAGUGAAACACGAGAAGGGCUGAAGUGUCAGGUAACACAGACAGAGAGAGAGAGAGAGAGAGAGAGAGAGAGAGAAGAAAGAGAGCGAACAAGCAGAGAGUGGACCAGUGUUCUACCGCGACUGUUUGUUUUGGUUGUGAGCGCUCAGGGAGAGAUGAGUGAAGUGAGAGUUUUAAAAGCAACCAGAGGAGUGGAAAGGAAGGAAGAGGGGGAAAAGGGAUGGAAUUGGAUCCUUCAGGGAAAAUGGAGAAGAUGAGAAGGAGAACAGGGGAACUGGAGGAGUGGGGGACAUGAGGCGAAGAAGAGCUUCGCAGAGAGCACAAUGAAUGAAUUGCUGGGCUGGUACGGAUAUGAUAAAGUUGACCUGCAAGACUCCGAGACCGCUGACAUCAGGAGUCACAACGGCAGAGCAAGACGCCACCAAGUAUCUGUGCUUAAAGAGAAUUCAGAUCCAAAACCCACAGUAAUAGAGAGUAAGCUCACAUCUGGCUCCUCUGCAUCAGCUAAAAAUGGAGUGAAAGAAUCUACUGGUUUUCCCCUGUCUCCUUCAUCAUCCUCAUUCUCCCCCCACAUGAAGGACCUGCACAGCACCCAUGUUGUGGUGCCACUCAUCAAACCAUCUGCAGUGGAUGAGCAGCAGAAUGUUCAGAUUGUCUGUGUCUGGUGUCAGAAGGAGGGGCUUAAACGCUACUCCCUGGUCAUGGGCUCUGAACUCAAGAGCUUCUGCAGCGAGAAGUGUUUUGCCAUGUGCCGGCGAGCAUACUUUAAACGCAACAAGGCUCAAAAUGAAAACCGGCAUGGUGACCAGUCUCCUCCUCCUCCUGGUCAAACAGAGGAAACACCUCCUCAGCUCUUGCUUAAGAUGAACAGCAACACACGAGUAUGUGAUUGGUGCAAACAUGUUCGUCACACCAAGUACCUUGACUUAGGUGCGGGUGACGACAGACUGCAGUUCUGCAGUACCAAGUGCCUUAACCAGUAUAAAAUGGACAUUUUCUACCGAGAAGCCCGGGCUGCACUUACAACGUCUGGCUCUAGUCCGAGCCAACCAGAAAAUGAGAAUCAUCCAGCUGGAGAGAGUGAGACCUUGCUGACACCAGAAUCAUGGAACAACCCUAUGGAGAGAGACAGCAAAGAAACAGUGUCACCCAAAGUUUCCACACCUGUGUCAUCUUCCUGUUCAUCAUCGUCCUCAGUUAGAGCGUCUGUCUUGGCUCAGCAGAAGGAAAGAGAGAGCUCUGCUUCUUCUCAGCUCCAGACUGGCACUCCGUUGCCAUCUACUCCUCCACCUCAUGCUGUAGAGCAACCAUGGGUGAUACAGAAGCCCCCAUCCUUUAACCGGGGAGCUAUCAGUGCACAGCCCCGAAACCCAGGCUCCAGCCCACAUCAGAGACCCUCACACACAUCUCCGCAGGUACACACACCCUCGGUUCGCCCAAUUCCUCCACCACAGCUCUUUCACCCAUAUCCAGCAUCGAUGAUACCCUGUGCACCCACCUACCCUCACCCCUUUCCAUCCCUCAUGCCAACUCUGGGUCUGCCAUGUCCACAACCGACUGUCCUGGUGCCAUAUCCCAUUAUAGUUCCUCUACCAGUUCCUGUGCCAAUCCCCAUCCCAAUCCCAGUGAACUCAGGGGCUUUGGGACAUCCCGGGGUUAUUCGUAACCACAAGGAUAAAGAGAAGACAGGAAGAAAUGCAGCUUCUGUCACUCCUGAAGAUGCACCUAGAGAGCACAUGUCUGAAGAUCAGGAGUUUAUUGAUAGCAUCUUAGUGGAGCACAAAGUAAAGACUGAGCAGACUUCAUCUCCAGACCCGUAUUCUCCUGCUUUCUCAUCACACAAUUUCCCAAUCUUAUCUGCUCAUCAGAUCAGUCCUACUCCUCCCUUGCCAGAAGAUCAGAGACAAGAAGUUAGGGAGCGACAAGUGAUACAAAGAGCUAUAUGCAGAGUGAAGCAGGAAGGUGAAAUAGAGUUUGACCUCAGUAAGGAGACAGAAGUUGAACAAGAGAAUGGAUGGAGCAGGAAUGGGGAUGAAGAUGAUUUGAUUGCACAACAAAUGUCCACUAAAGCUUACACAGGCACUUUAAAGCACACAUCCAGUUCAGUCCCUGAAAAUGCAUCUUCCCCAGUGGACUCGCCAAAUGCACGGGCUUCAAUCAUUCUACAGAAAGCACUCAACACAACAUCCGUAGUCACUCCCACAUCGUCUAUCCUAUUGAACAACACGGCUGCCACUUCCAACUCAGUUCACUCUGUUUACUCCUCAACAUGCAUAGCUACGGUUCAGUCUGACCCAGAACAACGGACGAGUUCCGGCCAAAAUUCAUCCCCACUUCCUGUAUCUGAGGAUGUGAAAGAAAAUGUCUCAGGAGGGCGGGAACCUGUCUUAAACCGCUCCCUUGCAGCAGAGCAAACAGACUGCCAAACAGACCAAUCAGAGGAGAACAGGGGCGGAGCUGUAGACAAUGAUGCUCUCGCAGCUGACGAACACGCUUACGCACGAUCCAUCCCGCCAAAAUUACGGGAAAAGAAUGCGCACACGAUCACUCUGGCAACUGCACACACACUUUCACACAUGGUCACACACAGCUGGGACAAAAGCUCACACAUGCAUGCGCCGGCUUUCGAGCAAAGUGGCGUGCAUACUGAAAUAGAGCCAGCUUUGAAGAGGAGAUGCCUGAGGAUCAGAGACCAGAACAAAUGAAGAACAGAUCAUUUGUGGUGUGAACUUUGUUUUUUGUUUUUUUGGUGUAUCUGAAGUCAGAUACAGAAUGCAGGCCUUUCCCUUGGUGCUGGAACUGAACAGGGAAACGGUGACGAGUUGAAAGACUGAUAAAUGACUGAUGAAUCCAGAUGUUCGUGCCGACCACUGCUAUGGGAUAUCUUCAUACCUGGGGCCUAGGAUAUGAAUUCUCAGCACAGGCUUGCUGAAAGAUAUUUCCGCUCUGAUGAUGGUGCAUACAGAAGUGAGGAUCAGUGAUGUGUGUGAUCCAUAUAGACACUUCAGAUGUAUGAUAAUGUCUUUGGCCUACUGUCUACAAAAGCCGGCACUGUUCCACUGUAUUUGCCAAUCUGUAACCUUUCUGUUCAACCUGCCUUCAAACACAUGCGCAUUUAUAUACAGUAUAUGUAGUCCGUACAAUAAUUGCACAAUGAUGAGUUUAUUAUGUAAAAAGAUUUGCUUUAAUUUAAACAUUAUUUCCAUCCUUCAUUUGAUCAGUCGUAAAACAAUCACAGCCCUUUUGCCUAUGACACGAAGACAUCACCGGAUAUCACUUUGUCGGACAUGUAAAGCUGAAAUUCUGAACUUUAACAGAAUAAUCCUUGUUUCAUCUCAUAUCCAAUGUGCUGCAGUACAGAGCCAAAAAAUAAUAAUAAUAAUUUACAGCAUUUACAGACUGCACUCUAUUAAUGGACACGUGCCACUUUCAUUAACCUGCCAUAUUCAUUUUGAGUAAAGAAUUUGUUUUAUUUGAAUAAAGUGUUUACUUGUAAAU